UGGUCGUCACUCUGGAGCCGUUGGUCGGAGCGGAGACGUACGUCAACGGGAAGCAGAUCACCGAAGCUGUCGUCCUCAAACAAGGGAACCGCAUCGUGAUGGGGAAGAACCACGUGUUCCGGUUUAACCACCCGGAGCAGGCGCGGCUGGAGAGAGAGCGCAGCGUCACGGCCGAGCAGCAGGAGGAGCCGGAGGACUGGAACUACGCUCAGAAGGAGCUGCUGGAGAAGCAGGGCAUCGACAUCAAACUGGAGAUGGAGAAGAGACUGCAGGACAUGGAGAUUCAGUACCGGAAAGAGAAGGAGGAGGCUGAUCUGCUGCUGGAGCAACACAGACUGUAUGCAGACAGUGACAGCGGUGACGACUCGGACAAACGCUCCUGUGAGGAGAGCUGGAGGCUGAUCUCCUCCCUGAGAGAGAAACUACCUGCCAACAAGGUGCAGUCUAUAGUGAAGCGCUGCGGUCUGCCCAGCAGUGGGAAGAGGAGGGAGCCCCUCAGAGUCUAUCAGAUCCCUCAGAGGAGGAGGAUCAGCAAAGACCCCAAACGGGUCACCAUGGAGGACCUCCGCAUGCAGGCCGUCAAAGAGAUCUGCUACGAGGUGGCUCUGGGAGACUUCCGUCACUCCCGUCAGGAGAUCGAAGCUCUGUCCAUCGUCAAGAUGAAGGAGCUCUGCCGUAUGUACUCCAAGAAAGACACCAACGAGAGGGAGAGCUGGAGGGCCGUGGCCCAGGACGUCUGCGACACCGUGGGCAUCGGAGAGGAGAGGAGCCCCCCCACAGAGGAGGGAGGAGGAGGAGGGGGAGGGGGAGGAGGAGGAGAGACGGGGAGGGUGACAGAAGAAAACAUGUAUGACCUGAAGGCUCACAUCGAUAAACUGACCGAUAUUUUGGAGGAGGUGAAGCUGCAGAACAACAUGAAGGACGAGGAGAUCAAAGCUCUGAGAGACAGAAUGAUCAAGAUGGAGAGCAUCAUACCUGUGCAGGACGAUGAUGUGAACGGCGAAGAGGGCGAGUCACCUCAGAGGGACGGGGACGGGGACGCCCCCCACAAGCCGGAGGUCAGAGUGAAGCAGCUGAUGGACGAGGACCCGGCGUUCAGGAGGGGACGCCUCCGCUGGCUGAAACAGGAGCAGCAGCGAAUCCUGAACCUGCAGCAGCAGAACAUCACCAAGAAACUGCGGGGACAAAACCAAACCCAGGGUCCGAACUCCCCCGUUGUCCCCGUUCAUCUCCCUGGAACCGGCCGCUUCAUCCCUCCACAGGAAUGCAAGCUCAAGUUCCCCUUUAAGAGUAACCCCGCCCACAGGUUGUCAUGGGGACCAGCCAGUGCCGCCCUGCAGGCUCUGGGUCUGGGGGAGGGAGGAGGAGGAGGGGAUGGGGGAGAGCAGAGGGAGGAAGGAGGAGGAGGAGUGGAGGGUAAAAGCUCUCCCUCACCUCCUCCUCUCCUUCAGGGUCCAUCUCCUGGUCUCUUGCCCCUCCCCUUUGUGCCCCCGCCCCCUCGCAUGCGCACCCCCAGCCCUCAUCGCGCCUGGCAACAGCGCAACCAAGGCAACCAGGGUAACCAGGGCAGCUUCUUCUACCACCACCACCAGGGCAACAACCAAAACCAGCAGCGCCGCUACCGCCGCAACUCUCUGGACAGCUCCACCCACGGCAGCAGCAACUACGAAAACGACCAGCAUCACGGCGGCGGUGGUCACCAGGGGCGACCGAGACAGAGGAGGGGGGUGUCGCCCGGGCCAGGAGGGGAGAGAGGAGGUGGGAGAGUAGGAGGAGGAGGGAGGGACAGAGACAGAGACGGAGGCUUUAAUUACCAUCAACACCAGCACCAUCAGUACCAUCACCAUCCCUACUUCAACCCCCACAAUGCACCAUUCCAGCCAGGACCUCACCCCAACUACCACAGCCUGCCGCGCUCCGGGAUCCCGCCCCCUCCGCCUGACAUGCUGUUGCGGGUGGGACCGCCGCAGGGGGGGUGGGGCUUCACCACCCCCCCUCGGAUGAGACGGCAGUUCAGCGCACCGGACCUCAAAAACAACAACAAGGAGACCCCCAUCUGACCUCGGACCCCAGGGAGGUCUCUGAUUGGCUACGGGACACACGGCGGUCCUGAUGCUGUAGAGUACCGUGUGUGUGUGUGUGUGUGUCAUCCCGUCACACACCAACCAGCGUCACACACAUCCUGUAUCUUCAAUCCUGCUGUGUGUGUGUGUGUGUGUGUGUGUGUGUGUGUAGCGCCUAGCCUUUACGUUAGCAUGGGUUAGCUGUUUUAGGAAAAGUGGAUUCUUUUAGCUAGUUUUUUUUUUUUUAGCUGGUUGUCAAACAGGAUGGAAGUUUAUUACUUAAUGAUUUAGUUUUAUUGAUUUCAUUGAUUGCUGAUAUUCUUGUCUCGGUCAUUUAUAACGAGGUGCCUUAAAGCCGAAGUGUUAGCCCCGCCCACGCGGCUAGCUACUGUUAGCAGAAGUCUCCUGUUGAAGCUGUUUUUUACUUAAAGAUGGAGUAUGUUGGUUUGUUUAUCCUGAGCAGGAUGGAUGUUUGUUUUUAAACGGACUCUCUUUUAGCCGCUGUUAGCCCAGGAGGCUAACUAGCCCGGUUCAGCCUGAGAGGUCUGUGUUAGCUUGGGCUAGUCAGAUAGCCUGAGCAGGGAGCAAUGAGUGGUUAUUUAGCUUUCCAGGCUAAUACGUUGCACAAGGCCCAAGUUUAGCACAGGUGAAAGUAUUAGCUUAGCCUAGCCUAGCUUGACCAAGGCAGCAUUCAUGUUGCAUGGGAAGUGCGUAACACGCUGAACUCAGGUUAACCAAUUUGAUAGAUAAUUAUCUUUAAUUAGAAGCAGUUUUAUAGUAACAGACAUAUUUGGGUGUUUCCGUGUUACACCAGUGGAGCUUGACCACGCCCCUUUCACCUGUAAUAAGCAGUGAUUGGCUGCAGAAUGAGAGUGCCGAUGAGGGACUCUAGAAGCUCGUAGUUCCCGUCUCUCCCAUGCGACUUGAAUGCUGCGUCGCUGAGUGCUACAAACCAAAGAGCGCUGCUCGGUGGCGCCUCCUGCAGGAGAGCAGAGAGCUGACGGCCAUACUGCUGUACAAACAGACAGACAGGUGAUCGGUGAAGAAACGCCUACGGCAAACGUUAUUCCUUGAAACUUAGUAGACGCUAUUUAAAAAUUACUAGUACUUAUUUAUUAGUCACGAGUAACUAUUUUUUAGUUACUAGUAAAUAACUGCACAUUUAUUUUGCCGUUGAAAUCUAUGGAGCUUGUGAAUAAAACAGAGGGAGGGAUGUUUUGAAAUGUUUUUUUGUUUUGUUAUGAAAACAGGAACACUGGGCUGCUGAUCAAAUCAUCAGUGCUGUGGGCGGGACAUUGAGCAUUGUUUGUUUGUUUUAAGUCAUCUUUAUUGCAGAAAUGGGGUUACAAUUCAGAUGUGACUUACAAAGAUAAACAUAACAAUGCACAAAUACAGAUAAAUGAUAUAAAGAUUGCCAGGGGAAGCUUAAAGGCUGUUACAAAGAGAGAGAGGACCAUAUGUUGACAGUUUUAAUUGCCUUUUUGUUGUUGGAGCCAGAAAUCAAAUUAAUAUAAAGCACAACUUCAUGGAGAAAAAGUACAAAAUUAGAUUUUGUACUGCUGAAUUUACAUUCAUGAAUGUGGUAUUUUGCCAACAGAAUUACUAAAUUUAUAAUGAAGCACAUAUUUUCUUCACUUUGACUUCUAUAAAAGCAAAAUACCACAUUGUCCCACAAUGAGGUAAAGUCUUUAUAAAUAGGGUCAAUGAUGAAUCUGCUGAAGCAGAGUGGUGAUUACCUACAGACAGAGACCAAAGCAGCGCAUUUUUUAAAUAAGUGUAACCCUAAUGUGAUCCGUUGCAUCAUACUGAAGUAGCACUGAUCACUGUUGAAGGGGGAUAAAUUUUGUCACACUGGGGAUAAAAAUAAUUCAGCAGAGGCAGGGAUAUAAAGACCAGAAAGGGGGAAAUCCCACGCAUCCCCCUGGCAAAUCUCACCCUGGUUACUAGUAUUAAUGGUAUCCUUUGUACUAGUAAUAAUUUAUUCGAUACUAGUACUUUAUUUUUAUUUACUUGAAACUUUUACAAUAGUUAAUAACUAUUUUGUUGUUUCUAGUGAAUUGCUAAUUGUAAAAUGGAAAUAGUUACUAACUAUUCAAUUAGUUACUAGUAACUGUUUGAAUAGUUGAUAUCUGGACUGCAGAGCCAAAUAGAUUUCAAUGGCUAAAAAAUUGAAAUUAGUUACUAGUAACUAAAAAAUAAGUACUAGUACUUUUGAAGUGUUAAGGAAUACACGUUGAAACGUCUUGCCAUAGACCGUCUGAUUCAGAGGAAGGUUUGAGGAGAGGAAGACGAGGAGGUGUUGUGGUGUUGGGACAGACCCGCAUGUUGAAUCUUUUUAAAGCGUUGUGUGUGUAUAUUUGAAGUGUAAACUGACUUAAUUUUUCUUGACGUUUUUUAUGAAGAUGAAUCUAUUUUAAAAAACAGGCUGCGACGUGUGAAACAUGCUCGCUGUCUCUGGCAAUCGUGGGAAAUAGUAGUAAGUGAUAACGGGCAUGUGAUGCUUAGUGGGAGAUGUAGGAAUACUGACUUAUUUAACUGACAUGGGAGAUAUAGGAAUCAUGAUGGAUUGUAGUGUAAGUAGGGUAAGCAAGGAACUCUGGGAAAUGUAGUAUGAGACAUGUUGGGGGGGAGAGAAGGUUGAAGAGAGAAAUCUGAGAUACAAUAAGCUUUGUGUUUGAAGUACAGACACUACGACAUGUUCUGUGUGACGUUAAAAGGAUCUGACACUACUUAAUAUUUAUGUUCACGCACGUGACAAGAAGAGACGAGGAAUAAACUGCUGCCUUCAUGAGACAUCGGGAAGUUGGAAAUUGUGGCUCUUUUUCCUAUUUGAGUCUAUUAAAGUCACUUUAAAGGGCAAUUUUUUUCUUACUUACUUGUGAGGAAAAGGGCCAAAGGGAUUUUAAACAGUUUUUAAUGCUGCAACAAUUAAUUUCAAUUAAUUAGUCAUUUAGUUUAGAAAUGUCAAAGAAAAGAGAAAAUGCUCCUGACAGUUUCUCUAGGCCAUCAUCUUCAGAUGGUUUGUUUUGAGUCAAAACCCCAAAAGAUUUCUAGUUUAAAACGAUAACUUGAUAAAUGACUCGACAGAUUAAUCAUGAAAGUCCUUGCUGAUUGGUUUUUUCCGUCUGGUUCUCAAAUGGGUUUUGGUUAUUGUGUUCACUGCACCUCUGGAAGAACGGACGCUGAAACAACAACCAUCCUGCCGCCAAUUUCCAACUUCCCUCGUCAAACUGAACGCGGCGUCAGCUUAGUCCGUGUUGGAGCAGCCAUGUUUACUGUCAGGAGGAGCUGGGAGUUGGCGGCACUGCCUAAAACUCCCGCCCCCCGCAGAGCAAGGCAUUGUGGGAGAUGACUAGUGGAGCGUCCGUGUGUGCUCCCUGACUGUAAGACCUUUUCACAAAAGGUCAGAACCAACCAAUAGGAGCGCUCCUUCCGGCUGCACAGCCAGGUGGAGGGAGUCGCCACGAUGAUGAUGAUGAUGACGAUGACAAAAACACAAGAAUUGAUUGUGAUUGGCCCCGAGAAGCAUGACAUCAGCAGGAUUUUACUUCCGCCUUGUUUUGCUCUGCUGCCUCUGGAAUCGACCAAUCACAGGACAAUCUUGAUAACCUGCUGCCACCGCCAGGCUUGAUGGGAAACAACGUUUCCUUUUUAUAUAUAUAUUUUUUUCCAGUUUGGGCCUCUGAUUGGCUGUUUCCUUUCUUAGUGUAUUCAUUUGCUUCUUCUAUUUUAACCCCGCCUACAUGUUCGACCUUUGCUUUGUGAUGUCACCACGUCACCAUUAUUAAUAUAAUUAUUAUAAAGUGUCAAUAAUAUUGGGUUCUUUUUGGAUGCUGCUAAAGGGAGCUUCUUCGCCCUCGUGCAACUGCCUGAGUGUGUCCGUGUGUGUGUUCGAGUACGUUGGACGUCAGAGUGUGUGUUUGUGUGUUUCUGUUAAUUUAGACUCAUAAUCUAAAGUUUGUUUUACUUCAUAAAGCUGAUUUUAUUGUUUUUCUUCUAAUCGUCUGUUUAGUUUUGUUGUUUUGGAGGUUUGAGGAGGAGGAGGGCCCUCACUCACUGGCCCCGCCCAUUCCCUCCGCCACCAAUCACCACUCACCUCAGAAUCUGACAGCGUGAUGUCACUUCAGGACUCAUAGACAUUGGACAUGAUGACAUCGAGGUCUAGCCCUCCUCCUCAGCUGUUUCUGUGUCUGCGUUGGGUUGUUGUGUCUGUUGUUUUCGUUGUAUCAGGAACCAAUCUCAGGCUCUACCUGCAGACAACAUGAUGGCAAUAAACUGUCAGUGAGGAUGAAAAACCUGAA